UCCGGUUUCACUGGACUAUUACCGAACAAUUGUUCCCUCGGGACUCUGAAAAUAUCUCAUCAUUCGUUAACGUGGAUUGUUUAUAAAUUGUCGGAAUGGGGUGGUGGGGUUUUGCACCCCUGCUCCUCCUCUCGGUGGGUGGUAUCCGCGCUGAAAUUCUCACCCCACCUUAUUUUAAUUUAGCCGAGGGCAAGGAAAUCAUCGCCUCGGCUACCUGCGGUGUUGACACACCCGGAGCUGAACUCUACUGCAAACUCGUCGGGGCCAAUUCCGAUCAGCAUGAGGAUAUCAAUCUCAUUCAAGGACAGGUCUGCGACUUCUGCGAUCCAUCGGUUCCAGAGAAAAGCCAUCCACCGGAGCAUGCCGUCGAUGGAAUGGAGACCUGGUGGCAAUCCCCACCCUUAUCACGAGGAAUGAAAUACAAUGAAGUUAAUUUGACGAUUAAUUUAGGACAGGAAUUUCAUGUCGCCUAUGUCUACAUUAGAAUGGGGAAUUCUCCUCGUCCAGGGCUGUGGGUCCUGGAGAAAUCCAAGGACUACGGAAAAACCUGGCAGCCCUGGCAGUAUUUUUCGGAUUCCGAAGCCGACUGUAUCACUUACUUCGGCGUUGACAGUCAUACCCCGAUAACUCGAGACGAUUCCGUCAUCUGCACGACGGAGUACUCGAAAAUCGUCCCCUUGGAGGGCGGGGAGAUUCCGAUUUCGAUUCUGAAUAAUCGGCCAUCGGCAUCUCAUUACUUCAACUCGACACUUCUGCAGGAAUGGACCAGAGCGACGAACGUGAGAUUUCGAUUCCUCAGGACAAAAAAUCUCCUGGGGCAUUUGAUGUCAGUGGCGAGACAAGAUCCCACUGUUACGAGAAGAUAUUUUUAUUCUAUCAAAGACAUCAGCAUCGGUGGAAGGUGCAUGUGCAAUGGACAUGCGGACACUUGCGACAUUCGAGAUCCUAAUCAGGCGAAUAAGCUAGAAUGUAUUUGCCAGCACAACACGUACGGUCCACAAUGCGCGUCAUGUCUUCCUGGAUUCCAGCAGAAAAAGUGGCGGCAGUCCACUGCAUCCCAUAAAUUCGUGUGCGAACCUUGCAAUUGCUUCGGACACUCCAACGAUUGCAUUUACAAUAGAACGAUUGAUGAAUUGCGUUUGUCUCUGGACAUUCACGGGCUCUACGAAGGAGGUGGUGUAUGUCAGAAUUGUCAGGACAACACUGAGGGCAUUAAUUGUAAUAAAUGCAAACCGAAGUUCUACAGACCACGGGGAAAGCCCCUGAAUGCAACCGAUGUUUGUCAACCGUGUGACUGUAACCAAUUCUACUCGACUGGUAACUGCGCGGAGUCCUCCGGGAAGUGUGAAUGUCGAAAGGAAUUCACAUCCCCCGACUGUGACUCCUGCGCAUACGGUUACUUCGGUUACCCUGACUGCCGUCCCUGCGACUGUCAUCUGGGUGGCACAGAGGGCUACCACUGCGAAGCAAUCGACGGCUACUGCCCUUGCAAGGCCAAUUACGCGGGUCACUACUGCAACUUGUGCGCCGAGGGCUACUAUAACUUCCCCGACUGCCUUCCCUGCCAGUGUAACCCCGUGGGCUCCUCCAACGACGUCUGCAAUGUUCUCACCGGUAACUGCACUUGCAAAAAUAAUUUUCAGGGUCGCACCUGCGACACCUGCGAGCACGGCUACUUCAACUAUCCGCAGUGCAGCUUCUGCAACUGUGAUACACGUGGCACGGAGGUGGGCAUCUGCAGCAAGGAUGACGGCAAGUGCCUGUGCAAAGAGGGCUACGGUGGUGCACGAUGUGAUCAGUGCAUAAUCGGAUACUAUGGCUAUCCCAACUGUCGGCCCUGCAACUGCAGCACCGUCGGCUCAUCAUCCGUUAGUUGCGAUGCGUCUGGCAAGUGCUCCUGCCUUGGAAAUUUCGCGGGUAGGACCUGCAACCAGUGCAGCCCAGGCUACUUCAACUAUCCGGAGUGUGUCAGUUGCGACUGCGAUUCCCACGGCUCCAUCGGCAUCUCCUGCGACAACGACGGCAAGUGCCAGUGUCAAGAGAAUUUCGACGGAGAUCAGUGCAAUACCUGCAAGGAGGGAUUCUACAAUUUCCCCAGAUGCGAGGGCUGCAACUGCGACCCGGCAGGUGUUGUGAAAUCCUUCAUGGGCUGUGGCUCAUUGCCAGCGGGUGAGCUCUGCCAGUGCAAGACCCAGGUGCAGGGUAGAAUCUGCAAUCAGUGCAAGCCGAUGUUCUGGAAUCUCCAGCAGAGCAAUCCUGACGGCUGUGAGGAUUGUAACUGCAACAUCCCUGGGGUUAUCGGUGGCAUCGGGGAGUGCGAUCCCAGAACCGGUCAGUGUAUCUGCAAACCUGGAGUGACAAAUCGUGCCUGUUCUCAGUGUGUCGACGGUACGUACGAUCUUCAGGGGUCAAAUCUCUUCGGAUGCUCGGUGUGCAACUGCGAUAUCGGUGGAUCAAUCAGUUCCAUCUGCGACAAGCAAUCCGGCCAGUGUGCGUGUCAGCCCCGUGUCACUGGUCUCACCUGUAAGGAACCCCUGCAGGCCCACUACUUCCCGACGCUCCACCAGUUCCAGUACGAGGUCGAGGACGGAAGAACACCGAGUAACAACGCUGUUCGCUAUGGCUACGCCGAGGACAGCUUCCCCGGGUACAGCUGGAAGGGCUACGCUGUGUUCUCAGACCUCCAGGACGAGAUUAUCCACCGCGUCUACAUCCAGAAGUCGUCACUCUACAGAAUGGUCUUGAGAUUUGUCAACAAGAACAAUGAACCUGUUCUCGGGGAUAUCACCAUCACUCCGGACAGUCCCUCAGAGGUUGAACAGAAGUUCAAGGUGCAGUUCAAGUCAGCUGACUAUCCCGAGUUCGUGACCGUGGCUGGAGUCCAUGGGAAUCACCCUGAAGCAAUGGUGAUGAACCCUGGGUACUGGUCAAUCAGCAUCAAGACGGGAAAGAACCUCUUCCUCGAUUACUUCGUUCUUCUGCCAGCUGAAUACUAUGAGGCCACUCGUUUAACUCAAGACGUAGACGUUCCAUGUGAGAUUGGACAGAUGGGACUGUGCAGACACUACGGCUAUCCCUCUGUUGCGCAAUUUGACUCGGUGCGCGGGUCCGGUGGCUUUGUGAAUGAUCAUGGAGUGAGAUUGGCGCUAAAUGAGUACUUCGACGACGUAGAUGUACUCGAGGAGAUGAGGCAGGAUGAGAUACCGAUGAUCAGCAAUCAUCAGCAGACAAUUCACUUCGAACUUCGUGUGACCAAACCAGGUGCUCACGUUCUUCUGGUGACGUAUGUCACUUACAGGGACGAGAUGUCCACAUCAGUCGUGAAUAUCGAGGCGAAUACAGUGGGAAAGGGCAAGGUUACUCUUCAUCCCUGCAGGUACACAAGUAUCUGUCGUCAAGUGGUGACAGAUCGUCUGGGGAAAGUCGCUGCCUACAGUUUUCCAACGAAUUUCGUUAGUAUCGUACUGACAGGUGAAACAGACUCUAAUGUCGCUAUUGAAUCGGUCGUGGCUAUUCCAUACGAUCACUGGUCCCUGGACUACGUCAAACCGAAAUCUGUCUGCGUACGAACCAAUGGAAAAUGCGUGCAGGGUAUGUUCCCAGGAGCGGCUGAUGCCAAGAAAGUCGAGUUCGAAACGUCCAACGAAGCUCUGGACGUCGAUCCUCGUCCCACAGGUAUCUUCGACAGCGCUACAAAAUUGAUCUACCUCGGGAAUAGCGAUUCGGUCGUUAAUAUUGAGACGAAAGUUCCCCGCCCGGGUGACUAUGUCUUUGUCAUCCAGUAUUAUCAACCUGACCAUCCCGAGUUCGAAGUAGACGUUCUCAUUCAAAACGGAAAGUUCUAUGAGGCGAAGGCCCCCGUUCCCCACUGUCCCAGCAACAGCGGCUGCAGGAGCAUCAUUCGUCAGCAGGAUGGCAACUCGAAGUUCAAUCUCAUUGAGAACGUCGUCCUGACCUUCCAGAACCCAAAACACAACAUCUGGCUCGACUAUAUGCUGAUCAUUCCAGUUGAGCAGUACAAUGAAAAGGUUCUUAAGAAGAUCCAAUUCGAUCAAACAAAGGAGUUUUUGAAACGUUGUGGCAACAAUCACUUCUACAUAAAUACCACAGAAGAGGGCUUCUGCAGGGACUCGAUCUUCUCAUUGACUGCUGAUUACAAUAGUGGGGCCCUGAACUGCGCGUGUUCUCUCGAAGGUACAACGAGCUUCGAAUGCGAGAAAUUUGGUGGACAGUGUCCUUGCAAGCCGAACAUAAUCGGCCGUCGCUGUGAUAUCUGCAAGACCGGAUUCUACGGCUACCCGAACUGUCGGCCUUGCAACUGCCCGAGUACAGCACUCUGCGAGCCUGAGACUGGCGAGUGCAUCUGUCCAUCUAGAGUCACCGGGGAACGAUGCGAUCGCUGCGAAGAAGGGACAUACGGCUUCCACCCGAUCAUCGGCUGCGAGGAGUGCAACUGCAUGCCACAGGGUGUCCUCAACGGUAACCUGCAGUGUGAUCUCCUCAACGGCACCUGCAGCUGCAAGUAUAACGUAGUUGGACGUCAGUGCGACAGAUGCCGGCCAGGACACUCUCAGUUCCCAUACUGCGUGAAGUGCGACUGCGAUAUCAGGGGAACAACGGAAGACGUUUGCGAUCAGUCUACAGCUGAGUGUCACUGCAAAGCAAAUGUUCAAGGAUCCGCUUGCGAUGUCUGCGAAGAAGGGACUUUCAAUCUUCAACCGAACAACGAAGAGGGAUGCUCCAAGUGCUUCUGCUUCGGCAAAACAACUCGCUGUGUGUCAGCGAAUCUCUACAGGAGCUACAUCUUUGACAUGCUCAACUGGGACAUUGCCCUGGUGCAGGACAAGACCGGGGAAGUGACUACUCUGGAGUCGAGCCCCCAGGAGUACAACGACACAUCGAUCAUCAUGAAUCUGGCUCAGAACGAAACAUUCAACAACGUCAUCUACUUUUCAGCCCCUCAGAGCUACUUAGGAAAGCGUUUAACGUCUUACGGAGGAUUCUUAAACUACACGAUUCAUUACAGCACUGGGCCCUUCGGCAAAGCAGUUGCUGGUCCAGAUGUUGUGCUUCUCGGAGCUGACUCGGUGGUCUUCUACUAUGGCGACGAGCAGCCCCCGUCCUUCACGAACUUCCCAGGCUCCGUCGAGCUCAUCGAGACGAAUUUCUUCACAACGAAGAACCAACAGGUCUCUCGCGAGCAGCUGUUAGUUCUCCUGGAGAACCUCAAAGGAAUUUAUAUCAGGGCAACCUACUGGGAAGCAAGCAUCAAGGCGUCUCUAUCGGAAGUCACUCUAGAUACAACUACCGAACUCUACAGCAAAUACAGCGUUCUGGCUAAUAGCGUCGAGCAGUGCCAAUGCCCACCGAAUUAUCAAGGCCUCUCCUGCGAGGAGUGCGCCCCAGGAUACUACAGAGUGGAAUCCGGUCCAUAUGGCGGCUCCUGCGUGAAAUGUCAGUGCAACGGUCACGCUGAGACUUGCGACGUGAAGACCGGCGUCUGCCACGACUGUAAAAACGGCACCACUGGCGAUCACUGUGAACUCUGCGAGGAAGGUUAUUACGGAAAUGCAACUAUGGGAACCCCCUCGGACUGUCUCAUUUGCGCAUGUCCAUUGCCAAUUCCGUCCAAUAACUUUGCGACAAGCUGUGAGGUGAACGAAGCCGGAAAUAAAAUCAGUUGCAGCUGCUUCUCAGGGUACUAUGGUGCUCGGUGCGAGUCAUGUGCUGCCGGAUUCUACGGGGACCCGAACAUCGAGGGUGACUUCUGCAAACCCUGUCAGUGCUCUGGGAACAUCGACACGAACGAAAUCGGUUCAUGUGACUCAAUAACUGGAGAGUGUUUACAUUGUUUGAAUAAUACGUACGGUGAAGCUUGCAAUCUGUGUGCCCCCGGGUUCUUUGGGGACGCUGUUGAACGGAAGAAUUGCCAAAGCUGCAGUUGCACGCAGUGCGGAAUGGACAAGUGUGAUAGUUACACCGGCCGCUGUCAGUGCAAACCGAAUGUCGUUGGUGAGUCCUGCGAUCGAUGUGCUGUUAAUCACUACGGAUUUGACUCGUGCACUGGAUGCCAAGCGUGCAAUUGCGGUCUCGCAUCGGAAGAGAGUCAAUGCGACGAAGUCACUGGCCAGUGCAAGUGCAAGCCCGGGGUCACUGGAAGGAGCUGCGACAGGUGCAUCGCUGGGUACUGGAAUUACGGGCCCGAGGGUUGUAGUUCUUGUGGAUGCAACACUGGGUACUCUAUUGGAGCGUCUUGUGACACUGCGACAGGCCAGUGCUCCUGUCUUCCUGGAGUUAUCGGCGAGAAAUGCGAUCACUGUCCCUUCCGGUGGGUCCUCAAAGAGGGAGACGGCUGUUAUCAAUGCGACUCCUGUAUUCACGAUCUUUUAGACGUCACGGACGAUCUCCAGUCCAUUCUGGCGCCUGUUGCCCAGGAGUUCAACAGCGUCGCCGAGAGCUACUACACGAACCAGCGAUUGAAAUUCGUCAAUGACACCGUUAAUGAACUCUACCCGAAGGUGCGUUUACUCGAUCCCAGCAGGAUCAACUUGACACCGGUGCAGGUGGAGAUCGGACGGCUCGAUCAGGAAGUGUUGAGCCAGAAAAGGCGAGUGGAGUACACGGCAGAGACCAGCAAGCAGUGGAAGGAUGGGGCUGAGAACACCCUGAAUGACAUGAACGAUCUUGAAUCCGACGUGGAAAAGGAGAUACGCUUAGUUCACAAAAUAAUUGCGGAAGUGCAGUCCCUGGCUACGAACAUCGCUUCUGGUGAUGGUGCGAAAAUUGAUAGCGCCUUGAAGGAGGCUCAGGAGAUCCUUUCAAGAAUCCAGGGUGUUUCGUUCAUUGAUUUCCGUGACAAGGCGACCGACCAAUCGAUAAACGCCAACGUUCUCAUGUCGGAGAUGUUAGACUACAAUGUUCCAGUGCAUAAUUUGAGUUCGUUAACGUCAACGCUUGAUGCGAAACUAGAGAAAUUUGAUAACAAGCUCGACGAUUUUAUUGAGAACGCGGGAAAGGCCGACGAGCUCGCGCGUUCUGCGAAGAAGCUCAUAGAUGAAAGCAAGAGAGUCACAGAAUUAGGGAACUUCGAGAUGAUUAGAAAUGCCACAGCAGAAACCGAGGACGACGUGUCCGCUGGAGAUAAAUUAAAUAGAAAUGCCACUGAGCUCCUAGCUAGCGCAGUUGUGACAUUCGAGUCGCUGGAUGACUUAACAAAGGUUCAGGACGAGACCUUCUCAUCGCUCAACGAAAUCCUCGAACUGAACGACGAUGGACUCCUGGACAGCCUUGAUACCGUUCAGAGGGCAACUGAUCACGCUGAAGACCUUCAUAGGCUUUCGCUCGAGCUGGACGACGUUCUCACCGGGACCAGGAAUACCAGCGCUGUUAGAGCAGUCUCCGCUUACAGAGACAUCGAGAUGGCAAUCCAGGUAGCGAAAAAUGCAGCAGCGGAGGCCACCGAAGCGGCCGACAACGCCACUAGUCUAUCACGGGGAAUCGGUAAUAAAUCCACUGGCGCUUAUGAGCGGGCACAGGAUCUUAAUCAAGCUGCUGACAACGCCCUAACCAAGACACAUGGCACCCUUGAGGAGGACCUUGACCAGGCGAAAGAAGACGCCAAGAUUUUGGCUCGAACGAAUAGAAGAAACGAGGAGAAUCUGGAUAGGAUUAAUUCAACUCUGAACAAUCUACAAGUGCCUAUGGAUUCUUUGAUUGAGGAAGCUAUGAAAGAGGCUCAGGACAUCGAAGAUCUCAUCCAACGUGUUCAGAAUCACAUUAAGGACGUACCAGACCGAGUGUCGGAGGACCUCCAGAGAAGCAAGAAUCUGUCGAAAGACAGGUCAGACUCGAUUCGAGAUAUCUCACAGGCGAAGAAGCAGUUGGAUUCUGUGAGCAAAGUUGUCCCGGAUAUGUCGGAUCUCCUCAACAGGCUCGGUGAAAAGCAGCGGGCCAUGGACAGGACUGGCAACGAUCUGAAGGCGAAGAUUGAAGCUCUCAAGAUGAAAAUAGCGAAUGCCAGGGAGUUGGCGGAUAGAUUCAAGACGGGACUUACGUUCUACAGGAACACGACGUUGGAGCUGAAGAACCCGGAGAGUCUUCCUCUUCUGGCCACCUCCACGAAGCUCUCUGUAUACUUCAAAACUAACAAAACUAACGGCUUCCUGCUCUACCUCGGUAAUGAAGCGCGUCCCAGUACUCCCCGUCAGAAAACCCACGACUUCCUUGCACUUAUGAUCGAGAGUGGCUAUCCAGUUCUCGUGAUCGAUCUCGGCUCGGGCCCAGUCAAGAUCGUUAACAACAAAUUCGUCUCGGACAACGUCUGGAGGCAGAUUAUCGUCGACAGAACCGGUAAGAAUGUCAAACUCAUCGUCAGGGAGGACGUGGGUGGAAUUGACAAAUACCAAGAGUUCAUCGAAGAGCAAGUACUCAAGCGAACGUCCUCCAUCUUCGAUCUGGAUCAGAAGACUUCGAAGCUCUUUGUCGGUGGCUAUGAUUCAUCUUUCCAAAUGCAGGACGCAGUGACUGCUUCUUCAUUCGAGGGCGAAAUGGAGGAUCUCGUAGUGGGUGAUGUACCCGUUUCAUUUUGGAACUUUAAAAAGGGAGAGAACAAUCGACAAGUUGCCAUGGAGAGGGACAAACUCGUGGACUUCACACCAGCGACUGGAUACCGCUUCGACAGGAACGGCUAUGCAAUCAUUGGAAUGAAAAACUCAAACAUACGUUACGAUCAGCAUAAAUCUGGCAUUAAGAUGUCAUUUAAAACACUUAGUGAGGACGGACUGAUGUUCUUGAUGGGAAAAGGUAAGCAGUUCUUUGCGUUGGAGAUGCGGAACGGUCAGAUUCUGUAUCAAUUCAGCCUCGGGGAGGGCACGUUCUCUCUGAUAUCUCCAAAUAAGUACAACGAUGGCCAGUGGCACAUGGUGGAAGCCAGAAGAUUGGGUGGAGCUGGGGCUCUGGAUGUAGACGGAGCUCAUGCCGGACAAAAUGCCAGCCAGGGCGACGCCAAAGUUCUAGUCUCCACAGAUCAUGUCUACGUAGGGGGUUAUCCCCCUAACAUCCGUCAUCAGCACAAAUCCGUAUCGAACAUCGGCUUCGAGGGCUGUAUUGAUCAGCUAUCGAUCCUGGACACCCCGGUCGAUCUCACAAAGAACCUCCAGGCAUUCGGUGUGAUGCCUGGCUGUCCCACGAGAUUUGCUAGCCUUGUCUCCUUCGAAGAAGACGCUCCAGGAUACGUUCGUUGGUCAAAUCUCUCUGCAGACUCCACUCUCCAGAUAAAUUUGAAAUUUAAAACCCUUGCCAAAGACGCCAUCAUCUUCUACGCGACAAAUUCCGAACAAACUACCAGCAGUGUUCUGCGUCUUGAAGACGGUGUACUGACGUUCAGAAGUCACGGAGAGGACGUCAGCAGUAGUUUAGCGGGAAACAAAUUUAAUGAUAACGAAUGGCACGUGGUGACCGCCACUCACGAGAACGACGCCCUUCGUCUCGACAUCGAUGAUUCUGAAAGCUAUUCGAACCCCCAGUAUCCUCCACCGCUUAAUAUCAAAUUCGGUAAUUUAUAUAUCGGGGGGAUUCCCAAUGCCGAGCGUGAUUCCUUCAUCGGUUGUAUAGGAGAUGCCACGGUUAAUGGCGAAAUUAUAAAUUUCGCGGGAACGAAGGAGCGGCCCAAUGCACAGCUCGAUAAAUGUCUAGGAGGCGAGGGAUCUUCAUCACCAGUUACAGAGAGGCAGCCAGCUGUUUGGCCACCACCACUUGUCACGGACGUGGACGCCAUCACAAUGGCAAAUACAGAAGCCAAUAUUGUUCACGUAGAGAUCGAUCACACAGGUGAACUUGAGAGGGAGGGAGAGGGCAGGGUGACUAUUCCCCCAGGAACUGAGGAGCCGGUGAUACCCACAAGGCCACCUGAGUCUGAUCAAUGUAAGCUCCCUUAUCUCCCUGAGGAAGAUCCUGACAGUGAAAAUGCACUUAGAUUUGGAACUGCCAAGAACAGCAGAUUGGAGUACAGAUCACUCAGUGGUACCUACAGGGAUGAAUACGACUUCCAGAUCGAUGUCAAGACGAUGGCUGAUGAGGGAAUUAUAUUUUACACCUCAGAGAUCACCAGGGAGAGCUUUAUUGCGGUUUAUGUGAAAAAUGGAAGGGUGCAUCAUACCUUUGACUGUGGAAGUGGACCUGCUUUGUUGCAGAGCGAGAUCAAGAUCAAUGACAAUCAGUGGCACACCAUUGUCUUCAAGAGGAGGAGUACCUUUGGAGAACUGAUUGUCGAUGACCAGCCGCCUGUGGCUGGAUAUUCUCAGGGCGAUGUCCAGGCUCUCAAUGUUAAUCCACCAUUUUAUGUCGGAGGCAUAAUUCCGGAAAUGGCGACGAGUAUUCAUGAGCAGAUUGGAAUUAAUAAAACGUUCAGUGGUUGCCUCGGGAACUUUAUGAUGAAUGGACAGUCACUGGGUGAACCUGAGGAGAAAAUUGGAGUCAUUCGGUGCUCCAAACGAGUCGAGCCAGGACUUUUCUUCUAUCCUGGAAAUGGAAGCAAUUUAUUCAAAGCCAUGGAUAAAUUCAUUGUUGGAAAGACCAUUGAUAUCCAGAUGGACAUCAAACCUCGCAGUAUGAGUGGUCACUUGCUCUCAAUUCAUGGUAAACGUGACUUUAUUCUCCUGGAGAUGGUGAAUGGCACUAUCAAGUUCUUAGUGAAGACCGGAAAGGGAAGCAUCGAGACGUCUUUCGAUCCAACGACGAAACAUCUGAAUGCUCAUUCGCUGUGCGAUGGUUUCUGGCAUAAUAUCAGAGUGACGAAGCAGAAGAAUGCUGUGCUCCUCUCGGUGGACCACGCAGGAGCCCCACCAAGCAUAGGUGCAAAGAAUAUAGCAGGAGUUCUUUCAAAGAAUCCAAUAUUUAUCGGCGGCCAUCCACAAUUAGGAAAACGACUGCGGGGUAGUACCUCCCACGCCCAAUACGUUGGGUGCAUCAGAAACAUCAUCAUCAACAAUCAGGAGAUACCACUAAAUCCAGAGAGAACGUAUGGUCACGUUACCACUGGCGUUUGUCCAACAAUCUAAAAUGCAAAUCUCACAGCCAAAAAAAGACAAAUAAUUCCUUUCUUAAGUCAAGAAUUUUCUUUGCAAUUUCUUUCGUAAAUAACUGUGGGCAGAGAAUUCGUAAAAUAUAUAAAAAAAUGAAUUAUAAAAUGAAUUUACAACAAACAAAUGCCAUUCUGUAAUCUUUCUUUUAUUUUUUUUGUAUUAAAAAACGUAAAUUACAUUAUAAAAACACAACAUUCUGGGGAGAUCCAAAAUUUGGAGGACACUUAAUUAAACGGAGGGCUGCAAAUUAAAGUGUAAGUAUUCAAAAACUUAGGAGCUAGUAUCGAGUUAAGCGCGAGUAAUGACACAGCAAGUACAGCCGAAUGUUGUAAAAAAAUGUAAAUAACCGAGGAACAUAUUAAAAAAAUACUAGCUUCAGUGAAA